AGCGGCGGGCGGCGGGGCAGCGCCUCGGAGCCCCCGGGGGAGCCCUGAGCCCCCUGCCCGGUGCCGCCGCCCAUGGCUCGCCCGCUGCUCUCGCUCCUCUGCGGGGCCGUCGCCCUCCUGCUGCCCUGGAUCGCCGGCGAAACCGGUUUAUUGCCAGGCCGGCGUCCCGCGGCAGCGCUGCCUCGUUUUCCUCCUGGAAAUGUCACCGCUGGCUGAGAACCGACGCGCUCGGCACGUGCCCGGCAUCGCUCACGUCCUGGACCUCAGCGAUGGUUUCUGCAGCAUUUCGGGGUGUCCCAGCACCUGGAGACACAGCACGGAGCUGCCCAAGCACCAAAACGAAGAGAAAAGGGAGAAAAAAAGCAGCCGGGGUGGCUCGGACCACCCCAGGCGCGGCUGGGGCUGUGCCAGGAGAUGCUGCGGAUACAAACGGGGGCGUUUCAGCCUGAAGUAGCUUUUAUUUUUGAUUUCCGAGUGAUUCAGCUCAUCCCUGGCAGUUUGAAGGAUGAGGGACACCCGCGGGGCAGCGCCCGAAGCUGCUCUUUGGCUUCUCCCAGGGUGGUGAACCCGUCCUGGCUGCCUGCCCGCUUCCUUUGCCAACACGUGCCGCGGAGCUGCUGCCAGCACGGUGGCGGUGACGGCACGCACCCCGUGCCCCUUGCCCUGGGAACGGGUGGAAAUGCCCCAAAAAAUGGACCCUGGAGAGGAAGGAAGGCUCGUGCAAGAGGGAGGCCGGGAUGGAGUUUGCUCACAAAGCGUUUUUUUUGCUGGUUUUGUGAUGGGAAUUCCCGUUGUGUUCCCAUUCCUUUAUCCAUUACGCUCCCAUCUCCAUCGUUCUCCUGUCCCCACCACGUUCCCAUUGCUGUUGUCCUCCUGUCCCCAUCCCCAUCGUGUCCGAAUCCUGUCCCCACCCCUGUCCCCAUUUUUGUCAUGCUCCCAAACCCAUUGCGCUCCUGUCCCCAUUGCCAUCAUUCUCCUGUCCCCGUUGUGCUCCCAUCUGUCCCCCACUGCCACCACGUUCCCAUUCCCAUUGCCACCAUCCUUCCAUCCCCAUCCUCCUCCUGUCCCUGUUAUUCUCCCAUCCCCACCACUGCAAUCCCAACCCCGUUGUCCUUGUGCCCCUACCACCACCCCGCUCCUGUCCCUGCCACCCCGCUGCAGCCGCUGGGCACUUGCCAGAGCCACUGGAAAGAGUUUGGACCUCACCUGCAGCCUCAAGUCCUGGUGGCCUUGGGGACAUCACCAAAAAUUGCUCCAGCCUGGCGUCCCUCCCUGCCAAACGUGCUCCAUCCACGCCAUGCAUCACGUCCCGGCCACGCAUCACCCCGUGAAAAAACUUUCUCCAUCAUGGACAAGGGGAAAGGAAGCGAACUCGUGACGCCCUCUGGCAAAAACCGACCUCAAAUCGGAGCUGAAGGGGAAGCACGAGGAGAAGGAAAGCAAUAGCUCGGAUCCCCACCGUGCCUGGCCACGCGGCGGUCAGAUUUUGGCCAGCUUCAGGGUCAGGGGUUGCAGCCAGCAGCGGGGUGACAACCCCGGGAAGCAGCAGGAGGACUGCAGUGGCUUUUUUCUGCUAAAAGCCUUUUUUUUUUCUGCUUGAAGGGACCACAAACAUGCCAAAAAAACAGCUAUAACUGGGGCACAACCCCCUGCGUUUGUGCCAAUGAGGCUCUCCCAGCCCUGGAGCAUCACCAAUACCCCGCACCCCUUCCCCAGCGGGUCGAGACCCCCCAGUUGGGCACGGCGAGCCCCUCACGCCCCCGUUAUCACCUUAAUUUUUAUUUUUCCCCCCC